AUGAGCAUAGCUAACUUUAUCUUAUUUGUGCUCGUCCUUGUAUACCAUGGACAAAGCCUUCCAGAUCCUAACUGUUCAGAAUCAAGUUGUGGGGCUGGUCCUGUCAUCAGAUUCCCCUUCCGGCUCAGAGAUAAGCAACUCGAGCACUGUGGCUAUGCUGGGUUUGAUCUGUCUUGCACAGAGAAGAAUCAGACAUUACUGGAGCUGCCAAAUUCAGUGAAGCUAUUUGUCAAAACAGUUGACUAUCAAUCUCAAGUUAUUAAUGUUUCUCAUCCAGAUGAUUGCUUUCUACGACAAGCUUUAAACAUCGAUUUUUCUGCCUCUCCUUUCAGUUUCAGAUCAGAUUCCUUGGAUGAUUAUACGUUAUUCAAUUGUUCAACAUCAAUACAGAGAAAUAAUAUAGAUGGAAAUAUAAGUUGCUUAAGUGUUCCUGGCUAUGAAGUCUAUGCAUAA